AUUACUCCGUUAACGAGCUAGAUACACUGAAGGCUAUCUUCCAGCACUCCAGGAAAGAAUCUACCAGUCAUCACAACAGUGAUUCUUCAGGCGUUGAUCACAAAGGAAGUGAAAAUAUGGUUAGAAGUAUUGAUUCAAUAGGAGGAGGGAAUCUGGUGAGAAAUAUUGACCCAAUUGGGGGAGGGAAUCUUCCCAGAAACAUUGACCCUAUUGGUGGUGGAAAUCUCCCCAGAAAUAUUGAUUCUAUUGGAGGUGGACAUCUAGUCAGAAAUAUCGAUUCAAUUGGAGGUGGAAACCUUGUUAGAAACAUUGAUUCCAUUGGUGGGGGAAACUUAAUGAGAAAUAUUGAUUCACUUGGUGGAGGAAAUCUAGUAAGGAACAUUGAUUCCAUUGGAGGCGGGAAUUUAGUGAGGAACAUUGACUCUAUUGGUGGUGGGAAUCUGGUAAGGACAAUUGAUCGUAUUGGCGGUGGACAUCUCAUUAGAAAUAUUGAUUCAAUUGGAGGUGGAAAUCUCCCAAGAAACAUUGACUCCAUUGGAGGUGGAAAUCUAGUCAGAAACAUUGAUUCCAUUGGGGGUGGGAAUCUAGUCAGAAAUAUUGAUUCCAUUGGGGGUGGAAAUUUAGUCAGAAACAUUGAUUCCAUUGGUGGUGGAAAUCUGGUUAGGGCCAUUGAUCGUAUUGGAGGUGGACAUCUCCUAAGAAAUAUUGAUUCUAUUGGUGGUGGAAAUCUAGUCAGAAAUAUUGAUUCCAUUGGGGAUGGGAACCUAGUCAGAAACAUUGAUUCCAUUGGAGGUGGGAAUAUAGUUAGAAACAUAGAUUCUAUUGGGGGCGGAAAUUUAGUCAGAAACAUUGAUUCCAUUGGUGGUGGAAAUCUGGUUAGAACCAUUGAUCGUAUUGGAGGUGGACAUCUCCUAAGAAAUAUUGAUUCUAUUGGUGGUGGAAAUCUAGUCAGAAAUAUUGAUUCGAUUGGUGGAGGAAAUCUUGUCAAACGAUCUGAAUAGCUCUUUAUCGUAUUGCAGACUGUAGUCUUGAGAAAAACUUUUAACGCCUCAUGUUUUGCUUCAAAUAUAAUUUAUUAAAUAAUGUAAUAGUUUUGAGUAACAUAAAAUUAUUUGUGAUUUUAUUUAUUUAUGUCUGAAUAUCAAUCAAAGCAAUA